GGCGUGUGCCGCCCGCUGCCUGGGGCUGGCUUUGCGCGCACACAUUGUCCAAGCCGCCGUCACGGCAGCACCCGGGCGGAGCGGGUGCCUCGGUGUUCGGUGCCAAUGCGGGGAGGGCGCUGCAAACACGGGGCUCCUCCGCCGCCGCCGAGGUGGAAAGUUCGCCACUGCAUCGGACCAACAGAGCACUGACUAAGAGCAGCCAGCCUCCGUGGCGGGGGGACGCGGAGUCUCGCGAAAGCGCUUCUCUUUCCACUCACCGCGCAAACUUUGCAUUUCCUCGCACGCUUCCUUUUUAAAAGAAACCCUCUAGGAAAGCGCGGUUUUGCUUUUCUGUUUUGCAAGGAAAGCCUCGGAGUCUACAGCUAGCACCUGUGUGGUGAGCAGACCCUGAGCUGGGGUAGCCCAGAAGAUGACAGAGUACAAACUGGUGGUGGUUGGUGCAGGAGGCGUUGGGAAAAGUGCACUGACUAUUCAGCUUAUUCAGAAUCAUUUUGUUGAUGAGUAUGAUCCUACCAUAGAGGAUUCCUACAGAAAGCAAGUAGUCAUUGAUGGGGAGACCUGCUUAUUGGACAUUUUGGACACAGCUGGCCAAGAGGAAUACAGCGCCAUGCGAGACCAGUACAUGCGGACAGGAGAAGGCUUCCUAUGUGUCUUCGCUAUUAACAACACCAAAUCCUUUGAAGACAUUCAUCAGUAUAGAGAGCAGAUCAAGAGAGUGAAGGACUCUGAUGAUGUGCCCAUGGUGUUGGUGGGGAAUAAGUGUGACCUUCCUGCCCGGACUGUGGAAACGCGGCAAGCCCAGGAGCUGGCUCGGAGCUAUGGGAUUCCAUAUAUAGAGACAUCAGCCAAAACUAGACAGGGAGUCGAAGAUGCCUUCUAUACUUUAGUGCGGGAGAUCCGGCAGCACAAACUACGUAAAUUGAAUCCUCCAGAUGAAAGUGGUCCAGGCUGCAUGAACUGUAAAUGUGUAAUAUCAUGACCAAGCUGACCAGACUGUGACUUGGAAGGCUUUCCACUGUGUGUAGCACGGAGAUGGAGGCGAUGUGAAAAUAGAAUCAAAUGGAUUCAGGGGAAAGAAGAGAUGGGGUGGUGUCUGCAGGCCCCAAGGGCUCCACAUGGACAGUCUUAAAACUUCACCAAGGCCUGCAAGGAACUGUUUUUGUUUAAAUUCCCCCCCCUUUUUUUCUUUUUUGCCUUUUUUCCUAUCUGGCAGUAUGUACAAAGCCACAUAAUGAAUUGCAGUAAAUUAUUAUUUGGUGGUCUUGA